CCCACCCACCUCAAGGAGAGCUGCAACACUGCCAUGCUGUUGUGCCCCUUCAAGGAUGCUGGCUGCAAGCACCGGUGCCCCAAGCUGGCCAUGGGCCGGCACCUGGAGGAGAGCACCAAGGUGCACCUGGGCAUGGUGUGUGCCCUGGUGAGCCGGCAGCGGCAGGAGAUCCUGGAGCUGCGGCGGGACGUGGAGGAGCUGUCAGUGAGCCACCAGGUCUCGGCUUUCCUCCACGGCAACGGGAGCGGGGAGAGCAGUCACCUCUCCGUCUACAUCCGCGUGCUGCCUGGCGAGUACGACAACCUGCUGGAGUGGCCCUUCUCCUACCGCGUCACCUUCUCCUUGCUGGACCAGAGCGACCCUUCGCUCUCCAAGCCCCAGCACAUCACCGAGACCUUCCACCCCGAUCCCAACUGGAAAAACUUCCAGAAGCCAGGAGCCUCGCGCAGCUCCCUGGACGAGAGCACCCUGGGCUUCGGCUACCCCAAGUUCAUCUCCCAUGAGGACAUCAAGAAGCGGAACUACGUGCGGGACAACGCCAUCUUCAUCAAAGCCUCUGUAGAGAUCCCCCAGAAGAUCCUGGCCUGAGCCCCGGUGCCCCGGGGAGGACAGGAUGUGAGCCGGGCACCUGCCCAGGUGU